UUCACCUUGUUUUCUGAUUAUUCUUUUCUCAUCGAUCAGCUGUAAUUGCUUACCCAAAACUCCCUCUCUCUUUCUCUCUCCCUCAUCUCUGUAUGCAGCUGGGAGAUCCAAGUGUGUUAGAGACCCCAUCCGGCGAGCCCAUGAUGGCCACCGUGACGGCGGCUGCGGCGCCACCAGAAGCAACGGCCUCUGAUGGUGGUGCAGAAGUCGAGAUGAUGGAUAAUAUUGUCGGAAUGGAUGCAGCGAAUUCAGGUGAUGAUAUUGAUCAGAAGAGAAGUGGCGGCGGUGGAGGAGGAGGAGGAGGAGGCAACCGGUGGCCUCGCCAAGAAACUUCUGCUCUAUUGAAGAUAAGGUCAGAUAUGGACGCUGCGUUUCGGGAUUCCAGUCUUAAAGGUCCACUUUGGGAACAAGUUUCAAGGAAAAUGGCAGAACUUGGAUAUAAUCGAAGCGCAAAGAAGUGCAAGGAAAAGUUCGAGAACGUAUACAAGUACCACAAGAGAACCAAAGAAAGCAGAAGUGGUAAACCAGAGGGCAAAACCUACAAAUUCUUCGAUCAAUUACAAGCCCUUGAAAAUAAAUUCACUGUCUCUCACCACACUCCUCUAAAACCUCCUCCGCCACAACCGCAACCUUCUUUCCAAAUGUGGCCUAGCAAUAUUAAUAAUGAUCCUACCACAGCUAUCUCUUACGUCACUGCUAUUCCAUCCACCGUAAACCCUACUGUUGUUCCUCCGCCACCGGCGCCGACGAAUGUUGCUGCUGCCACCAUCACCAACCCUAAGAAUUUGUCAAACAAGAGCAUUUUCUCUUCUGUCACGACCACCUCGACCUCAUCGUCAACUGCUUCUGAUGAGGACAUGGAAGAGAAGUACAGAAAGAAGAGAAGGAUGAAGGACUACUUCCGCAGGCUGACGAGGCAGGUGUUGGCAAAGCAGGAGGAGAUGCAGAAGAGGUUUCUAGAAGCCAUUGAGAAGAGAGAGCGUGAAAGAGAAGCACAGAUAGAAGCUUGGAGAGCUCAAGAGAUGGCCAGGAUCAAUAGAGAGCAUGACAUUCUAGUCCAGGAAAGAUCCACCGCAGCCGCCAAGGACGCCGCCGUCAUUGCUUUUCUCCAGAAGUUAGCCUGUGGCCAGCAAAAUCCGGCACCGCCACCGCCUCCUCCUCCGGCUCCACCUCAACCUGUAAUGCAAGCAGUAGAACCUCGAGAACAACUGCAAUUGCUGCCUAUUGACAACAAGUUUGAAAUCCAGAAAACGAAUAUAAACAACGGCCAUAAUAGUCCGGUGAGUGUUUCUAAUUCUUCUUCAAGGUGGCCAAAGGCGGAAGUUCACGCAUUGAUAAGGCUAAGGACGAGCAUGGACCCAAGGUACCAAGAGAAUGGACCGAAAGGACCAUUAUGGGAGGACAUAUCAGCUGGAAUGCAGAGGCUAGGGUACAAUAGGAGCGCCAAGAGAUGCAAAGAGAAGUGGGAGAACAUCAACAAGUACUUCAAGAAAGUGAAGGAGAGUAACAAACAAAGGCGUGAGGAUAGCAAAACUUGUCCUUAUUUUCAUGAGCUCGAGGCUCUUUACAGAGAGAAGAGCAAAAGCCACAACAGUAUCGUCUUCGGUGCCGGCAAUCCGAAUCACGAAAUGACCAUGGAGCCGUUGAUGGUGCAGCCGGAGCAGCAAUGGAGGCCGCCUCCGCCACAUGCGGAGGAGGAGGAAGGUGGUGGUGAGAGGGAUAAUAUUGCGAAUAUGUUUCAGUACGAAGCGAAAGAAAGAGCGGGAGAAGAGGAGGAGGAGAUGGAAGAAGACGAUGAUGUUGUGGAGGAUGAAGUUAUGGAAGAUGAUCAUCAAGAAGAAGGACGUUAUGAGGUUGCAGCGACAAAUAAUAAACUUCCUUCAGUGGACAGUGUUGAAUGAGCCGACAAGAUAAGGCAAGUUUCUGAUUGGAGGAGGAUAAGCCUUUUGAUUUUAUUUCUUUAUUAUUAUUACACUAACAAUUUUAGUCUUUAAAUUGUGAGAAUCAUGUAAUUUUUUUUUAUCUUUGAAAGUGAAUGAUAGCGCGAUCAAGUCGGCUUUUAAAAAUAAAAAAUAUCAUUGUAGAUUGAUAGCAUGCAAAUAUCAAAAAGCUUGAUGUGAUGCGAGCUGAGUUA